AUGGGCCUCUUCAAGAAAUCCGAUAAAGACGGCGACGGCGACGACAACCGUCGUGCCCUCUUCGGCUCCCGCAAUAAGAACAAGAGCCCAGCCCAGAACUCGAACCCAUAUGCGCAGCCCAUUCCCCAAGACCCUUACACCAAGGCCAAGAUAAAUGCCGGUGUGGCCCCAAUGCCAGACCAGCCGUCAGGCAACUCCCCCCACACCAUCCCAUCCGAUAACAAGUAUUCCGGCUACACGCCCAAUGCCUACGGUAACCAAGGCGGAUACGGCAGCAAUCGAUUUGGCAGCCCCAACACCGGCUCUGGCUCUGGCUCCGGAAGCGGAUCCCGAUAUGGAGCCGGCGGCUACGGUGGACUAGGUGGUUCAGACCCCAAUGACCCCGCCGCUGGCGACAACGCACGCAACGAGCUAUUUGGCAGUCGGGCGCAAUCGAAUGCCGGCGGAGGAGCUCCACCCCCUUAUAGUCCUGGCAGCGGGCAGAGUGGACAAAGUGGACAACAGGUCGGACAGCCUGGCUACGGUGGCGGAAACUCUUACGGUGGCGGAAGCAACGAAUACAGCAUGGCGAAGUUCGAAGACCGACAGUUGACAGCGGAGGAAGAGGAGGAGGAAGCAGUGCAGACGACUAAGCAAGAAAUGCGCCACGUUAAGCAGGGAGAUGUUUCGUCCACGCGGAAUGCUCUCCGUGUUGCGGCGCAGGCUGAGGAGACGGGUCGAACUACAUUGGCUCGUCUCGGUGCUCAGGGUGAACUUGUUCAUGGAGCCGAGCAGAGCUUGGACAUGGCGACUGUUGAAGGUCGUUUGGCUGAGGAGAAGGCUCGAGAGCUAAAAACGCUGAACAAGAGCAUGUUUGCAGUUCAUGUGUCGAACCCAUUUACUAGUGCGUCGCGUCGUCGUGAUCGUGAUGAGAAGGUCCUCAAUACGCAUCGUGCGGAGCGUGAUGCUCGUGAGGGUACUCGAGCAGAAGCUUUCCAGACGAAUACGCGAAUGGAUCGCAUGUUCCGUGAUAUUGAUCGUGAGGCUGGCAAGCAAGGGAAGCCAAAGAAGGCCAGCGUCACCGAGCGUGCUAAGUACCAGUUCGAGGCCGAUAGUGAAGACGAGGCUAUGGAGGAUGAAAUUGAGCAAAACUUGGACCUUCUUAGCGGUGCCGCCGGUCGGCUUAAUGGUCUGGCUAAGGCCACUGGUAAGGAGCUUGAUGAGCAGAACCGACACUUGGAGCGUAUCACAGGCAAGAGCGACUUCGUCGACGACCAACUUGCUGCGAACAGGGCCAAAUUGGACCGUAUUCGUUAA